AUGACAUCUCCGUCGUAUGAUCCAACUCCAUUCGGAGCUCCUAUGCUGAAGCAUUUCUUAUUUGACCCCAAAUAUAAAAAUCUGAACCACGCGCAAUCGCGUGUCGCAACCGCCAAGGUUCUGAAUGUCCCCGUACAAGAAGUGGUCUUGGUGAAGAACGCUACCACUGGGGUUAACACGGUCCUUCGGAAUCUUAGCUACAAGGAGGGAGAUGUCCUUAUUUACUUCGCAACUACAUAUGGAGCAGUCGAGAAGACAAUUACUUCGUUGACUGAAACCACACCCCUUCGGGCAAGGAAGGUCGAUUAUACUUGUCCCGUCAGCCACAAGACCCUUGUGCAGAAGUUCAGAGGUAUCGUUGAACAAGCUCGGUCGGAAGGGUUGAACGUGAAAGUGGCCGUAUUCGACACUGUGACGAGUCUUCCGGGCAUGCGAUUUCCCUUUGAGGAGUUGACUAGAGUCUGCAAGGACGAAGGGAUCUUCAGCCUCAUCGAUGGGGCGCAUGGAAUCGGACACAUUCCCUUGGACCUGAAUGAGUUACAGCCGGAUUUCUUUACAAGUAAUUUGCACAAAUGGCUCUACGUCCCCCGUGGUUGUGCAGUCCUUUACGUUCCCUUGCGCAAUCAACAUCUGAUCCGCACAACUCUGCCGACUUCCUGGGGAUUUAUAGCGGAUCCCCAACUGUCCACGUCUGACAAGCCCAAUAUCCUGACCCCCGUUGGCAGCAAUCGGAGCGCUUUUGAAGAGCUCUUCCAGUUUGUGGCUACGAGUGAUGAUGCGGCUUACUUGACUGUCCCAGACGCUAUCCGCUUCCGUACCGACGUGUGUGGCGGAGAUGACGCGAUCUUUAAAUAUCUUGAAGAGCUCGCCAAUGAGGGCGGCGAUAUUGUUGCAGCUGCUUUAGGCACCAAUGUUCUCCAGGAGCCUGGACUUCGGUCCGGGGAAAGGAGCGAAAUCCGUCGCUGCGGAAUGUCCACUGUCCGAUUACCGAUUGCCAUUGGUCACCAAGGAGACGAAACAUCAUCGUCACCUUACCCUCCGGUGUCCGCCGAUGAUGUCAGCAAGGUCGUGAAUUUCUUACAGAUGACUUUGAAAGAUGAGUUCAGAACUUUUGUACCGAUUUUCCAGCAUGGAGAUUGGUUGUGGACCCGUCUCAGUGCCCAAGUUUAUUUAGAGAAAAAGGACUUUGAGUGGCUCGGAGAAGUGCUGAAAGGUUUGGUGGAAGAGAGUUACCUAACAUUCUAG